UGUUUUUAAGUACCUACUACGUGCCAGGCACCAUGCUAGGCGCUAGUGAUUCCAAGACAAAAACAAAGGCAGUCCCUGUCUGCGAGGAUUUCCAUUCACUUGACAUACAGUGUCUCGUUUGGUUAUCUUUCACACUAAGCCCAUGCUGUAGACUGUAGACAGUGCAAAUAUUAUUUGUAUUUUACAGAUGAGAAAAUAUAGCCUCAGAGAGUAAAGGGACUUGCCCAGGGUCACACAGAGUAAAGGGACUUGCCCAGGGUCACACAGUACUUGUCAUCGAGGAUUUGCAGAAUCAACCUUUAGAGCUGGGAGGGAGCUCAGAGGCUACCUCCUUCUUUUAUACAUGAGAUGGGUGACUGGACCAAGACCAUACAGGCAGGGACCAGCAGACUUGGGAUGAGAACCGAGGUCUCUUGACUCGAGUCUGGUAUUUUCCUGGGAUGCCUGGCCUCUCGUGAGAUGCCUUUGUGUCUCUCAGAUGACAGACAGACUUGCCUACAGACUACUUUUAAUGGGCUCUUAGCCAAGGAAGGCCAAAGAGAAGAUGGGGCUGUCUCGGGGCUUCUUCCUGGGGAGAAGAGAGCCACAGAAGCCGAUGGACAUAGAGAGUCGCCUCGUGGGCAGUGGAGGCCAGGUGCGCCUGCGACCGAGAUGCCAUCUGGAAACUUAAAAGAGUCCAACAAGGGAAAAGGCCAAUGAUUUGGAGCUUGAGGUCAAAAGGGCCUUUCGAUGCUAGAUGAGGACUGGUUGGUCAGCUGGUCAGCCCCUGGGCAUGUCAUAAGCUCCUGCUGUGUGCCAGGCCCCAUGCCAAGCACUGGGGAUUCACAGAGAGGGAAAUGCCAGCCCCUGGGGGCACCCAGGGAUAUUUCCUCUGCAGAAGAGGAAGCUGUGGGUCCCUCUUCCCCUUCACACCUAGCUUCAGAGGGGAGAAGGAUGAGUCUUGGGGGGCUUUGACCCUCGAGGGCAGAACUAACAGAAGUGGGUGGAUCGUAGACAGUUUUUGGUCCUGGCAGAGUGGAAGGGCUGCCCAUUGGAGACCCUCAAGCAGAGACAAGAUGGCGGCCCCUCGUCACCCUGUUCCAAUGGGCCUUCCUUUUCCCUUGUCUCAGCUAAGACAGAAGAGGGGCAAAGGCUGGGCCAUCAGGUUUCAGUGAGUCGCCCAGGGUCGUGCAUCCAGGCAGAGGCACUGCUGUGACUCGUCACCGAUGGUUUCCCAUCACAGCCCUCUCCUUUCGGAUCUCAGACUGACAUUUGGGGUGCCUGGCCCCCCUCUUCCUGUCUUAUCUGUUGGGGCCACCCUAGGUGGCAGGGCCAGAUAGCACAUGGCCCUUCCUGGUGGCCGGAUGCCAGCCUCCACUAUCGGGAAAGCGUGACUGUGCCAAGUAGGGUGCGGAAAAAACAUUCUCUAGUGUUUGUGGUGGUGGAGAUAGGCAGAGGCUGUGUGGUGGGCUGGAUGAGACAGCAGAAAAUAAAAUGCUGAGUUUUGUUUUGGUCAAGAAGGACUGUAAGAGGGGUGGCUGGGGGCACAGAAGAUAGAGAGAAUCAAGGCUGUAGACCAGACGUCCUGCGUUCCAAUCUGACCUCAGAUACUUCCUAGCUGGGUGACCCUAGGUUCCUUAGAAAGAGAGCGCGGACGGUAUGCAAAGUUGUGAAAUCUCUGGUGACAGUGCGGAUGACCCUCUCAGUCGUGGCUUGCGGAGAAGGAGACAACCGCGAGUGGUCGUGAUCGGCGCUGGCCUGGCCGGUCUGGCUGCCACCAAAGCCCUCCUGGAGCACGGCUUCACGGAUGUCAUAGUACUCGAGGCAUCAGACCGCAUCGGAGGCCGCGUGCAGAGCGUGAAACUCGAACACGCCACCUUUGAGCUGGGAGCUACCUGGAUCCAUGGUUCCCAUGGAAACCCAGUCUACCAUCUAGCAGAAGAGAAUGGCUUACUGGAAGAGACGACGGAUGGCGAGCGCAGUGUGGGCCGGAUCAGCCUCUACUCCAAGAAUGGCGUGGCCUACUACCUCACCAAUCGUGGCCAAAGAAUCCCUAAGGAUGUGGUUGAGGAAUUCAGCGAUUUAUACAACGAGGUCUAUAACCUGACCCAGGAGUUCUUCCAGCGAGGUAAACCAGUCAAUGCUGAGAGUCAGAACAGUGUGGGCGUCUUCACCCGAGAAGAAGUGCGGAACCGCAUCAAAGCCGAUCCCGAUGAUUCGGAGACCACCAAACGCCUGAAGCUUGCCAUGAUCCAGCAGUAUCUGAAGGUGGAGAGCUGUGAGAGUAGCUCCCACAGCAUGGACGAGGUAUCCCUCAGCGCCUUCGGAGAGUGGACAGAGAUUCCGGGAGCGCACCAUGUCAUCCCCUGUGGCUUCAUGCGCAUCGUGGAACUCCUGGCUCAGGACAUCCCGGACCGCGUCAUCCAGUUGGGCAAGGCGGUCCGCUGUGUGCACUGGGACCAGGCAUCGGCCCGGCGUGGGGGCCCCCACAUCGAGCACCUGGCCGACCACAAUAGCGACCCCUCUGACGAAGGCAGGGAGGAUCCCGGGGAGGAUGGAAGCGAGGGAAGGGAAGGAGAGGGAAGCUGGUGGCCGGUGGCCGUGGAGUGUGAGGAUUGCGAGGUGAUCCCGGCUGACCACGUGAUCGUGACCGUGUCCCUGGGCGUCCUCAAGAAGCAUCACUCCACCCUCUUCCGGCCGGGGCUGCCCUCUGAGAAGGCGGGAGCCAUCCGCCGCCUGGGCAUCGGGACCACUGACAAGAUCUUCCUGGAGUUCGAGGAGCCCUUCUGGGGGGCCGAAUGCAACAGCCUCCAGUUCGUGUGGGAGGACGAGGCUGAGAGUCGUAGCCUCACCUACCCCGAGGAGCUGUGGUACCGCAAGAUCUGCGGCUUCGAUGUCCUCUACCCUCCGGAACGCUACGGCCACGUGCUCAGCGGCUGGAUCUGCGGGGAGGAGGCACUCGUCAUGGAGAAGUGUGACGAUGAGGCUGUGGCCGAGAUCUGCACAGAGAUGCUUCGGAAGUUCACAGGGAACCCUGACAUUCCAAAGCCUCGCCGGAUUUUCCGCUCCUCCUGGGGCAGCAACCCCCACUUCCGGGGCUCCUACUCCUACACCCAGGUGGGCUCCAGUGGGGCUGAUGUGGAGAGACUGGCCAAACCGCUGCCUUACACGGAGAGCUCCAAGAGCGCGCCCAUGCAGGUGCUGUUUUCCGGCGAGGCCACACACCGCAAAUACUACUCCACCACCCACGGGGCCCUGCUGUCCGGCCAGCGCGAGGCGGCGCGCCUCAUCGAGAUGUACCAAGACCUCUUCCAUGGCGAGCCCUGAGGAAGCCGCGGCUCGGGAGCCUCUUCCCGGCCCUUCCUGGACCUCAGAGUUGAUUUUAAUCCAUUUCCUUUUAGGGGCAGAAGCCUCUGCUUUCACCCAGGGCCUCCUGUAGCUUCCCUCCUUCCUGUACUGUACCUUCGCGGGGCCGGGCUGGCUCUGCACACCCUUCCGGCGGGACUUCCUGGUGCCUCAGUUUCUCUCUCCCCUCCCUCCCCGCUCUGUAUUGUAAGUGCCUUUGAUGCUUUUGGAAUAAAAGAGGCGUCUCGGUC